GCUCGAGUUUCGGAGUGUGGGGUCGCAGAAUGAGCAAGAAGAUAGACUCGUUCCGGCGGGCUGGUUCCCGCGAAACGAUCUGCUCCAUUUCCGAGAGAUCGGACCAAGGAAACGCCGGCAACAACACUAACAAUCUCGCCGGAACCGGCAACAACAACGUCGCCUCGAAAAUGGACAAGCCAGUGGCUGAAUCGAAGUUCGACAGCAAGCCAGAAAAGAGAACACCGGGAACGUUUCACCGAGCUCCCUCGCCAUUCAAAUCCUUCUUCAUCCGCAUGGGUUCCACGGGGAUGUUGAACUCGGCCAGGAGCAACCGGCGAUCGCAAAACGUCGACGACAGGCUAAAGACCAGCGAGAAGGAGACUCUGUUCAGAAGUUGCAGCACGAGCCAAUUGAACACCAGCCCGACUUACGUGAAGGGCGACGAUCCUUCGGAAGGGAUCGACCUGCAGAUCUCGAGUCGCAAGGACAAGACCGUGUCUUGCGACAAUCUGGCCGGUCGACAGAGCGACGAUGCGUUCGACGAGCACGUGGGCGACGCUUCCGCUGUCCUGUACCCCGCGUCGAUCACCAGUUUCAGCCCGUGCGACUUCGGACAGUCGCGAAACGAGUCACCGAUGCGCAAGAGCAGCAGCUGCGACUUCAAGGAGGCGAAGAAAUCCAGUUUUCCGUACGCUUUCCUGCGAUCGAAGCUCUCCGUGCUGCCGGAGGAACGUCAUGGCACAUUCGCCGCGAAGGACGAACGGCUGUUCAAAACCGCGUCCGAGGAGCACUUCCCCGCCUUGAAAAUCGAGGAAACGUACACGGGAACGACGACGCUGGGACGACGACGAACCAGGAACGGAAAUUUGCCGAGCAGAGGAAGCGCGAGCAAGUCUCAGGAGCAGCCGACUGCGUCCGUCCCGAAAUCGUCCGGACGAAGCUCGUACGCGGAGUUUCGAAAGAGCUCCUCGGCCAGAUGUCCGGGCGAGGACAGAUACGCUCUGACAUCCGGCCACUUGGAGAGGAUCGACGACAACUUCCAGCAGGAAGACGCGGGUUGCUACAGCCCGUACGACAGCAGCCCGAUGUCGCUGCGCGGCAAUGCGAGUGUUCAACACCCGACCACGACGCUAGAGGGUGGACAGGACAGGGUGGACUUUGCAGGAAGGAUCAACGAGUCGAGAUUCUCCGAGACGUCCUCCUUGAACGUGGACUUGGACAUGGUGGCCACACUGAGGAAUCAUCGGCGGAACUCGGCGCCAAGCGGCGAGCAGAGACUCUCCUCUCACUACGUCAGCUCGAACGAGUCUGGCUACGACAGCGAUGGCCCAAGGGGAGAAUCCGCUGCCGCUUCGGAGAACGAGGGCGUGAGCUUGAAGUGCACGGACAGUUCGGACACGAGCAGCGUAAUCGACUCGGAACUGGAGAAGCCGAUACGAAGCUCGACGCCGAGCGAGUGCCAAGAGCAAGAAAGCAGCAACGACACGAGGAUGAGGAAAAACGACGAGACGACGGCGGACGUCUCGGUGAGAGCAGGCGCCACCGAGUUGAACGAUGGCAUAGAUGGGCUCAGGUGGCAUCAGAGCAAUUCGGGACGGUUGCUGCCGAGCAUACACCAGACGUACGACGACGCGGCGAUGAGCUCUCAGUUCCCAAUGUGCGGAAACAACGGGCUGAGAGCGUUGCAGGGCGCGUCGAAGUCGCUGGACAUCUCACCGCAUCGAAUGAGACUGCAGCAGGACAAGAGCAGGUUCCUCAGCGACAUUAUACAACCGCCGAAGAGAGUGAGAAGAUGCAGGCUGGUUCAGCUGCACAAGAGAGACCCGAAGGAAAGUUUGGGCAUCCGGCUGGCGCAACAACGCCUAGGCGAGUUGCGUUACAUCGUCGUUCAGUUGGAGAGCGACGGGAUAGCGCAUAGAGACGGAAGAUUAAGGCUCGGCGAUGAAAUCGUCGAGGUGGAGGGCAAAGAGCUGAAGACGCUGGAGAACCUGGAGGAGGUGCAGGAGUUUCUCAGAUCGUUCACCGGCAACAAGAUUCGCCUGAUGACCGCGUACGAGGAGACGGUGCCGCAGGUGUACGUCAGCCCGCCGACUUUACCCGGCGAAUACGAGUACCUGGAGAACGCGAAGAACCUCUCCGAUCUGUCGUUGAUCGACGAAAACGGAGCCAAGCAGACCGUUGGUUCGCAGUCGGAUCAAACAUCGAGCAAACCCGGCGCGGACGAGGGCGUUCAGUCGACGAAGAGGCCAGACUUUCUGCCGCUCUCCUGCAUGUCGAAGGAGCGAAAAGCCGCGGAAAGUACCUUGGACUCGGCGAUGGAACCGCAGCAUUAUCUGACCAGGCAUAUCGCCAAGUUCGAGAAGGGUUACGGCAAGCCUAGCCUCGGUUUCAGCGUGGUGGGCGGCAGGGACAGCCCUCGCGGUGAAAUGGGUAUCUUCGUGAGGAGGGUUUUCCCCGGUGGCCAGGCUGACGUCUCCAAGUCGCUGUUCCAAGGUGACGAAAUUGUAAGUUUAAAUGGAAAGGUACUGCGUGGCUACACACAUCAAGAGGUAAUCGAAUUGUUCAAAGCAGUGAGAGAGGGUCCUGUCGAGUUGGAAAUCACAAGGAGACACAGGUAUCCAAAAAGCACGCAAAAAUCGGCGCCGUGCUGAGAAGGAGGCAACAAUGUGGACGAGUCUGCCCACCGGAAGUGCUCUUUUUCGAUUCAAUUCUAAGCGACGCAACUCUCGCCGCAUACGAAGUUUUAGGAUUCUAGUCUAUCAGAACGAAUCUUUGAUCUUUGAUGUUUGUUUCAAUUAAUUUAUUUACCGCAGUUGCGUGGGGAUUAAAUUCAUUAUCAAACGAUCAUUAUUAUUAUUAUUAUUAUUAUUAUUAUUUUUAUUAUUAUUGAUUAUUAUUGACGAUUAUUAUUAUACAAUUUUUAUUAUUAUAUUACAUUACAUUAUAGUAUAUUAUAUUAUUAUCAUGACUAUAAGAUUUUAUACAGAUUCGUUAGAAUAGCGUGAAUUUAUUGUAUGCAACUUUUUAUUAUUAUUAUUAUUAUUAUUAUUUUUAUUAUCAUUAUUAUUAUUAUUAGUUUUAGUAUUAUAGAGAACAAUAAAGAGGUCGUAAUUUUAAGGUGCUUGAGGAUGUGUUUUGCGUAAAUAUAAUAGUGUACAACGAUCGACAAAGUAAUUUCUCAACGAUUAUUAAAUAACAACUUUAUUUCCAUGAUAGUUUACAAAUUUACAAAUAUGUACAGAUACCGAGUUCAUUUUUACAAUGGUCGCGGAUGUGUCUCGUUCUCGUUUUUACAAUCUCAUCUCGUACAGCUUCUCUUCACGCGUCGCCGAGCAAAAGGUCUGCGCACGACUUAGCCUUCGUUGCCCUGAAAAAUAUCACGUCGAGUGAUCCAUUUAUAUUUUGAAAUACUAUUUUCAGUCCCGAAGUGUACUACAUCUUCCACGAUUAAUGAAUUAAUAUACAUCGUGCUGAUUGUGGAAGAAUUUAGGCUCGGUCAUUAUCGUUAAAUAAUCGCCAGGAUCGCUGUAUGAUAAAACCAUUUCGUAUUUCUGCGACAUUUAGCGAGAAAAUGUAUAUUUAUAAAAAAAAAAAAGACAGUAUUUUGAAGACUUAUGAAGAAAAAAUAAAAAAAAAAUAAAAGUGUUACAUGAAUGAUGUUAUAAGUGCUCACGAAAAUAUUCGAACACUUAAGGGGAAUCUUUACGAAUAGAUUAUGCGUAUUGCACGAAACAUUUCGGAGUUUCAUUAACAUUCUAGUGAGACCCAACUAUCAUGAUUAUAUUGGUCAACUUUGAAACACGUUUGAAAGUAUACACAGAAGUUGCAAAAUAUUUAUAAACAUAUAUUUCCUAGAGAUCACAAAAGUGUUUAAACAGUCACAUUAAUAAACUAGAUUAUGACAUUCAAUAGAGUCAUCUUCAACACUUGUUAUAUGCUUGAACUAGCUAUUCAUGCUGUGUAGUAAUAUUUUACUGGAUAUAUGUUUGCAAUAAAUAUCUUGUAACCUCUUUAUACAUCGCGAAAUUAAAUCACGCCAAUAUAAUUAUAGCCCUUUCUCAGUGCAAUAUUAAUGAAAUUUCAAAAUAUUUUAUAUAACACGCAUAUAAAAUACGUGUACGUAUAUAUUUUCGUGAGUCACUGACUUCAAGAAGAUACUUCUUGUUCUCGGAUGCGAAAGAAUCGAAGAAUCAUGCAUUUUCUUGGCAUUAGAAUUUAAUUGUAAUUCCAAGUUCUUCCGAAACGUUGUUUGAAACAAAACCUUAAAAUAAAUUAUGAAAUAAUAAUCGAAACCCAUUUUUACAUAAUCAGCAUAAUCUGUAAAGACAGAAAUAUCUAUGCCCGUUAACUUUAUCAAUUUCCUUUUUUUUCUCUUCUUUUUCACACGAUCAACUAAUUAAUACUAAUACAAUGUUAAUGUUGAUGCAUUAACGUUAAUAAUGAAUCUACCAAUAAUGCAUUAACACUGGAGGACAUCUGACAAACAAUCGUAAGAAGCUGCGCGCAACAGUGCAAGCACUGUCAUACUCACUGUAGUUCCUUGUUUUUAACGCGUCUGCAAAGAUGCAAGGCAACCGGUCCAGUUUUGAUGUUGCGAAAUAGCUGAACGGCUUUUCUGUGGGUCAAGUCGUGACAGACGUGGCCAUUCACUGCCAAUAUCUCGUCACCUGCGUGCAAACGGCCAUCUUCCGCGGCUUGCCCUCCCGGCAAUACCGAUUUUAUAAAGAUACCUGUGGCAAACGUAUUGUACGAUGACAUUAAUAAAACGACGAUGAUUAUAAGAACGCGACGAGCGAUGGAGACAUUGAAUUAUUUACUCGCAGACAAUACUGGUAAAUUACGAACGAACGCGAAACUCGAUUACUGUUAAUAUGAUAAAAUGUAAUGGCACUUUUUAUAAUUCAUAAGUAAAAUUCAUUGAGGAAAAUUUAAUAUUUCCGUUUUCGUGUAUCUCUGCGGGGAGACCUAAACUUGCUCAAAAUUGUAAAAAUGAUCAAAGAACUUGGUCCAUGAACUGAACUACUAUUCGAGCGUCGGUGCAUGUUUCCUUCUUGUGAAAAAUUACAAAUGCCUCUACGAAUUUCACACUUCUGUCGACAGUUUUUAAAGAAGAAUGUGUAUUUUGCGAAGAUAAUUGAUCUUUUGCAUUUUUAUCCAUUACUUUUAAACAGUAAAGUAAAGCAUGAAAAUUCGAAUCACUAUCGAUUUCCUAAUCUUCCACCCACAUGUUCGUGAAACAUAUUAAUUAAAAACAAAAUAAUGAUAAUAAUAACAAUAAUAAUAAUAGAAAAAAUAACAAGAAUAAUAAUAAUGAAAGAAGAACAUUCGAUCUAAAAUCACUAGGAUUUUGAACUAGCUCGUGAUUGUUCCUCGUCGUUCGAGAAGCGAAAAUACGUAACCAUCAUAUACAUACAUGGUUGACUUUACACAAAUAUAAAACAACUGAAGAAACGGAGGUUCCACAAACUGCUCGUAAAACUCAAGAUCGCUUGUAUACACGCGGAGGCAAUUUAUCGACAAGCAAUGCCUCGACAUCGGUCGAACGAGCGCGUAAACGUUAUUAUGCUAAAAAAUUAUCGGUGUUUCUAAGCAGCGACUUAUGAUUCUGAACUCUUUUCAAAUACGCGCCCCUGAACGUUUCGCGAUAAAAUAGCCUCCGUUGAACAAGCAGAUUGAUGACAAGCAAUCUUCGUCGGAAUAAUUUUCUCGCGAGAUUUAGAUUUUUUUUUUAGCGCCGAGUUCUUUCUGGAGAAUGAGAUUAACAGACUGCGGACUUUCAUGCAAAUUUAUAGCUUUAGAUAUGUAAUUGAAAGAUAGAACGUCGGUAGAAAUUUGUUCUGCGCAAUAUCAGAUAGCAAUUUAGACGUUUGAGGCAUUUUUUUUCAUAUUAUGUGUAUUCUCUGUAAUUUCGUAUAAAUGU